AUGGGCAGUUUGAGAAAUUGGGGAGAAAUGGAUCCAGCACUUCUGUGCUUUACAAAAGAAUCUCUCACGAGAUCGGAUGUGCAGCGUAACUUAGAGAUACCAAACAGUGCGUCUUUGCUGCCACCCAGGAAUGGGGUCAUGGUUGUACGUGACCAAGCCGGAAACGANUGCUUUACAAAAGAAUCUCUCACGAGAUCAGAUGUGCAGCGUAACUUAGAGAUACCUAACGCUGCGUCUUUCUUGCAACCCGAGAAUGAGAUCAUGUUUGUACGUGACCAAGCUGGAACCACGUAUCAGUUUAUAGCAUCAGAGAGGAAAGGAGGGCGAAAGGCUCUGACGCGCGACUGGCAUGACUUCGCCGUGGCAAAGAAUCUUCAAGUUGGUGACUCUCUGAGAAUUUAUUGGUCCGGGAAUGAGAAUGAAUAUGUGGUGCAGUUAGGCACCAAACUCUUUGGAGAUCACAUAGUUUGGCUACAAGAAUAAGUUCCACUGCAUGAAAUUAUUUUUAUGGGUCUGUGCAUGUAAGGUGAGGUUCUCUCGAAUAUAUACAUAUUUUUUUUCUAUUUCUUACUUAGUAAAUUAUUUAUCGUUCAUGUAA